AUGGACCAUCUCUCAGUGAUGCAUUUCCAAUCCCAUCCGUGGGCCUUCAGUCAUUCAUGGGCGCCGCCCGUCAGCCCUCCAAGCACCGUUGCCCCCAGUCCUCCGCCCACCCACAGGACUCUCUCAAGGAUGUCCGAGAAAGCAAAGGCCUUCACCAUCGACGCCCUUCUGGGUCUUGACAUACAAAAGGAUCUUCCUACCCCAACCCCCUCCCCACCUGCGUCUCCGAUUUCCCUUCUACAGCAGGAGUCCUACGACACCGUCCUCAGGGACGCCCCCGGAAAGAUCAAGCGACAUCGCACAGUGUUCACGGACUCGCAGCUUCAGCGACUGGAGGAGGAGUUCCAGCGGCAGCAGUACCUGGUGGGCCCCGAGCGGCGCUCUCUAGCCAGCCAACUGGAGCUGAGUGAGCUGCAGCUCAAAGUGUGGUUCCAGAACCGACGCAUCAAGUGGCGCAAGAACCAGGUCAACGCAAAUGAAUAUCCAUCUCCGCUCUUGACCCAAUAA